AUGGCGUCUUCUCCAUUUCUAUCGAAGACCACCAUUUCCUUCUCCUCCUCCUCCAUCUCCACUUCUCUUCCUUGGCGGUCCUCACACUCUUCCCCUUCCUUCUCCACCGCAUUUCGCACUAAACCCCGUCGGAGAAACCUGACCGUCCAAUCCAAGAUCAGGGAGAUCUUCAUGCCUGCCCUCAGCUCCACCAUGACCGAGGGAAAGAUCGUCUCCUGGGUCAAAUCCGAAGGCGACGUCCUCUCCAAAGGCGAGAGCGUCGUCGUCGUCGAGUCCGACAAGGCCGACAUGGACGUCGAGACCUUCUACGACGGAAUUCUCGCUGCCAUCGUCGUCGGCGAGGGCGAGACCGCCCCUGUCGGAGCUGCCAUCGGACUACUGGCCGAGACCGAAGAGGAAGUCGCUGCGGCUAAAGCCAAAGCCAAAUCCGCUUCAUCAGAUUCCCCUGCUUCUUCUUCCCCGGCUGCUGAAGCUGUUACGCCCACUCCUCCUCCUGCUACUUCCACUCCCGCUCCAGCAAUCGCCCAGCCUUCUCCACCUGCUACUUACACUCCCAGAAAGACUGUGGCCACGCCUUUUGCCAAAAAGCUAGCCAAGCAACACAAGGUGGACAUUGCCUCCGUGGUGGGCUCCGGCCCAUUUGGCCGAAUUACACCUGCUGAUGUGGAGGCCGCCGCCGGAAUUGCCCAGCCCAAGAAAACCGUCGCCGCCGAGCCCACUCCCGUGUCCGCUGCUCCACCCAAGCCUUCUGCUGCUCCUUCGGCUUCAUCAGCGCCUCUGCUUCCUGGCUCAACUGUGGUGCCCUUCACAACGAUGCAGGCCGCUGUUUCGAAGAACAUGUUGGAGAGUCUCUCGGUGCCAACAUUCCGCGUUGGUUAUCCAAUCAGCACCGACGCGCUCGAUGCCCUCUACGAGAAGGUGAAGCCAAAGGGUGUGACCAUGACUGCAUUGUUGGCCAAGGCUGCUGCUCUGGCACUCGCUCAGCACCCGGUUGUAAAUGCCAGCUGCAAAGACGGGAAGAGCUUCACCUAUAAUAGUAGCAUAAACAUCGCCGUUGCUGUGGCAAUCAAUGGUGGCCUUAUAACCCCUGUUCUUCAGGAUGCCGAUAAGUUGGAUUUGUAUUUGUUAUCCCAGAAAUGGAAAGAGCUAGUGGAGAAGGCCCGUGCGAAGCAACUUCAGCCCCAUGAGUACAGUUCAGGAACUUUCACUUUGUCCAAUUUGGGCAUGUUUGGAGUGGACAGAUUUGAUGCUAUUCUUCCUCCAGGACAGGGGGCUAUCAUGGCUGUUGGAGCUUCAAAGCCAACUGUUGUGGCCGAUGCAGAUGGGUUCUUCAGUGUAAAAAGUAAAAUGCUGGUAAAUGUAACAGCUGAUCACCGGAUUGUUUAUGGUGCUGAUUUGGCUGCCUUCCUCAAGACGUUUGCAAAGAUUGUUGAGAACCCAGAGAGCCUCACGUUGUAG